GCCGCCCCGACGUCCGCCCGGGUGAGGUCUCGCGAGGCUUGGCGCUGCGGCGGAGGCAGGACGAGGGGCGGCCGCCGCGUCCCUCAGCCCCCGCCCGCCCUCGGCCCGGCCGCCCCGGCCCAGUCCGCUCCGCCCGCCGCAGGGACCAUGUCGGGCUCGCCGCUGCCCCGCUCCCUGGCCCUGUCGCUGCUGCUGGUGUCCGGAGCCCUCCUGCCUGGGCCGGGGGCCGCGCAGAACGCUGGGUUUGUCAAGUCGCCCAUGUCAGAAACUAAGCUCACUGGGGACGCCUUUGAGCUGUACUGUGACGUGGUCGGGAGCCCCACGCCAGAGAUCCAGUGGUGGUACGCAGAAGUCAACCGGGCAGAGUCUUUCAGACAGCUGUGGGACGGUGCCCGGAAGCGCCGUGUCGCUGUAAACACCGCCUACGGCUCAAACGGCGUGAGUGUGCUGAGAGUGACCCGCCUCACCCUGGAGGACUCUGGGACUUACGAGUGCAGGGCCAGCAACGACCCCAAGAGGAAUGACUUGAGGCAGAACCCCUCCAUAACCUGGAUCCGAGCCCAGGCCACCAUAAGCGUCCUUCCGAAGCCGAGGAUUGUCACCAGCGAAGAGGUCACCCUUCACGACGGCCUGACUGUGCCCGUCACCCUGCAGUGUAACCUCACUUCCAGCUCUCACACCCUUGCCUACAGCUACUGGACCAAGAACGGCGUCGAGCUGGCCAACACCCAGAAGAACGCCAGCAACACGGAGUACAGGAUCAACAAGCCCCGAGCGGAGGAGUCAGGUGAAUACCACUGUGUGUUCCACUUUGUCGGCGCUCCCAAGGCAAAUGCCACCAUCGAAGUGAAAGGUGUCAGAGCAGCCGCUCGCAGGAAGUGGCGUCAUAGGCCGUCCGUUCCGGUCAUCACCGGCCACAAACGCAGUGAGAACAGAAACGAGGGCCAGGCCGCCCUGAUGUACUGCAAGUCUGUGGGCUUCCCGCACCCCGAGUGGGUCUGGCGCAAGAAGGAGGACGGGGUGUUCACGGACAUCAGCAACACCUCCGGCCGUUUCUUCAUCUUCAACAAGGAGAACUACACGGAGCUGAGCAUCGUAGACCUGCAGCUCGCCGAGGACCCCGGCGAGUACAGAUGCAACGCCACCAACCCCAUUGGCACAGACGCCAAGGUCACCGUCCUUAGGGUACGCAGCCACCUGGCUCCGCUCUGGCCGUUCCUGGGCAUCCUGGCCGAGAUCAUCAUCCUCGUGGUCAUCAUCGUGGUGUACGAGAAGCGGAAGCGGCCGGACGAGGUUCCCGACGACGAUGAGCCAGCUGGGCCCAUGAAAACCAACUCCACCAACAACCACAAAGACAAAGCCCUGCGUCAGAGAAACACCAACUAGUCCCGCCCCACGUGUCUGGGCCCCCAGCUGUGGCAGCCCGCCAGUGUCUGCGUGGCCCCGCACGCCGGGAGCGGCACCCAGUGACUCAGCAUGCCCUAGCCCCUCCGCAGGGCGACCCGCAGGGCCCGCGCACGCGGCGCCCCCCCUUCCCGGACAUGGCCACCCGCGUCAGUGGGAGUGAGGGGACCUCCAUGCAUGCGCCUCUCCCACUUCCUGCAGCUGUUCAACUGGCACCGCUAAGAUGCACUGCUGCCACCUAGCGCAACUUUUGUGAAGUGCAGCUCAGCCUACAGAGUAUACAGUAUAUAAAUAUAUACAGAUGUAUUUAUAUUUUCGGGGGUGGGAGAAAUCCAAACUAAACUCAAUGCCUGUUUGACUCCUAAGCUGCUGACCCUCGUCCCGUACGCGCUGGCGGACGGUGCCGCGGGGUCUGUGCUCGCCCGCCUGGCCCCCUGACCGGGUUGCCGCUGAGACCCUCCACACCGUCGGCCCCCACCGUGCCCGGCAGAGGCAGACACACGUCCCUGUGGUCUCUGAGGCCCGGGGUGUCGUGGCACGGGGCUCCGAGCCCAGCCACCGCCCACCACCCGCCCGCCGCUGCCGCCCCUGCGCGCGUGGCCCUAAUGCAUGCCCCCGUGUCGUGACCGCUGACGUGCUGCCACGCACAGAGCGCGGACUCACCUGUUUUUAAAAAUAAAACAUUGACAGGAGGUGCUCGGAA